AUGGAUUUUGUGACUAAAUUGCCUAGAACUCUAAAGGGAAAUGACAUGGUGUGGGUUAUUGUGGAUAGAUUGACGAAGUGUGCUCAUUUCUUAGCAACACGCCAAGAUGUACCAUUGACCAAGAUGGCAAAGAUGUAUAUAGAUGAAAUCGUCUCAAAGCAUGAUGUCCCAUUGUCUAUUGUUUCAGAUCGAGACACGAGCUAUCAUGCAAGUAUUGGAAUGCCACCAUUUGAAAUGCUUUAUGGUAGAAGGUGUAGGACUCCAAGUUGUUGGAUAGAGGCCAGCGAAAAGCAAAUUACAGCUAAAAAAGUUAAUAUUGCAAAGGAAGCACUUCGUGUAGCUAGAGAACGACAGAAAACUUAUGCCGACAAGAAAAGAAGGUCGGUUGAGUUUGAAGUUGGUGAUAUGGUGAUGCUGAAAGUUUCCCCAUGGAAAGGAGUUAUUCGUUUUGGAAAGAAAGGAAAGUUAAGCCCAAGAUUUAUUAGAACAUUUAAGGUUCUGAAGCGUAUCAAAGAUGUGGCAUAUCAAUUGGAAUUGCCUCCAGAACUGGAUGGAAUUCAUAAUACAUUUCAUGUCUCUUAUUUGAGGAAAUGUUUGGCGGAGCAAUCUAGUGUUAUCCCUAUUGAAGAUGUGAGCAUUGAUCCGAGGAAAAGAAUGAUUGAGGAACCGAUAGCAAUACUCGGGAGAAAGCAAAAGAAGUUACCCCGGAAAAUGAUUGACCUCGUAUUGAUCAAGUGGAAACAUAAUCAUGGUGAAAGCGUAACGUGGGAAACCAAAUCAGUGAUGAAGGAGAAGUAUCCAGAGUUGUUCAUUUCUGAUCAGAUUCCGGGGACAGAAUCCUUUUAA